UCCAGAUGCUGCGAAUCUCCCUCAAUGCUAUCCCAGGCUAUCAAUCGCGCGUAACUUACACCCAGAUUCUUGAAUCGGCUCCCCAGCCUUAGGUCAUGCAUCAUGUCUGAUACGCCUCGAAAUUUCUCUACGGACCGCUCACCGCGACUCUCCAUUCUCAGUCGAGACGCCAGACCAUCGCGACGAUCUCCAUCAUCUCGUUCGGAGUCCAGGUACAAGAGCGUGACGCGCAGUCCACCCAUCGAUCGCACCCCCGGCCGGCGCAGUGGCAAUCGGUUCACAAGCCAAUCUCGCUCUCGCACACGUUCUUAUAGUCGAAGUCGGAGUCAAGAUUCAAGAUUGCGUGGGGAGGAUGAUUACAGCCGAUCACCCAGUCCCUCAGUCGUCUUGCCACGAAGCUCCAAGAUCGUUGUAGAAAAACUCACAAAGAAUGUGUCCGAGUCACAUAUUUACGAGAUCUUCGGCGAAUUUGGGGUUAUACAAAGUCUUGAUCUACCUAUGAAUAAAGCCUUCCUAACCAAUAGAGGAACUGCCUACAUUCUAUACCACGAUCCUGCUGAUGCGGAGGCUGCUAUUGCACAUAUGCACGAAGCGCAGCUGGAUGGAGCUGUCUUGAGUGUGUCCAUUGUCCUACCCAGGCGAGCAUUCUCGCGCUCACCGCCGCCACAAAGUCAGCGCAAGAGAGGUAGCUUCAGCCGUCAAGGUCAUGGUCGCGGACAACUCUUGGAUAGUCGUGCUUCUCGCCGUUCACCUUUUCAGCAGAGGCAGACCUCUCCGCGAAGGGCCAGGCGUUCACGACCUAUGGAUAGGCAUGACAUCUAUCGGCCACGAUCUCCUUCGCGCUCUCGAUCUCUUCGCCGUUCACGAUCAUAUUCAAGAACUCCGUCGGUAUCACCAAGAAGACGGAUGACGCACUCGCGAGGAAAUAGUCGUCCUCGUCGACGGCGCAGUCCCAGCUACAGCAGUUAUGAAUAUAGCAGCUGUAGUGAUAGGAGUCGGAGCCCCAGCCUGAACAGAGCCCGUUACUGACAUGAUACGGUGAGAUAGACGCUCAAUGGGCGUGUUCUGAUCUUAUGGACGAACGAUAAUUUGCAGUUAUAUUUUUGAUCCUGGAUGAUUAGCCCCAACGCAAAUUUAAUGAUCAGUUCUUCCAAGUCCUCCGACGUAAAGUAGCGACAAUUGAUCACAAUUCAAUGUUCAUACUCAGGAUGUUUGGCCAGCAGCUCCCUAUGGUUCUAUGUACUCUACAAAAAGAGCUGUUGUUUUUUCAUUUUGAUGAAUGCAAGCUCAAAUCUGGUUCGAUCUAGAAAAA